AUGGGUAUGCAACGCAUCGAUGCCAAGUGUCAUCACAGAGCUUUAGGAGGAUUGCCUGAGAAGGAGCAGCAACGCGUAUUGGAUUUGCUGUUUGAUGCGGAGAAAGGCCGUGGGAUCACCAUUGUCCGCUACAACAUUGGCGGCGGAGCGUAUACUGGUGGUGAUUCCAACUUGAGGCCGUUUGCUGAUAUGCCUGGCUUUCGUCCGGGUGGCCCGUCAGGGCCAUAUGUCUGGGCUGCUGAUGCCAGGCAACGCUCAGUUCUGCUGGGAGCUCGAGCUCGAGGCGCUCAGAUUUUUGAGGCCUUUUCGAAUUCGCCACCGUGGUGGAUGACCAUGAGUGGUUCUGUCACAGGGAACCACAACUGGGGCCAGGAUAAUCUGGACGGCAAGUAUUACACCGCUUUUGCGGACUACUUGACUGAAGUUGUGAAGUACUACCAAGAUGAGCACGACUUGCACUUCGACUAUCUCGCACCUUUCAACGAGCCAGUCGAGGGAUGGUGGAAUAUCAACCGCAGCAAAGCAGCGCAAGAGGGAUGUAACUUUCGGUUCUCGUCCAUGCGCCAGGUCGUUUUGGAUGUGAAACGAGCUCUUCUCGACAAGGGCCUGUCCACGAAGCUCAGUGUCUUUGACGCCUGGAGCUUUAACACUCCAAAACUGCUGCGAUUGAUGGACGAGCCAUUGGUCUCGGCCAUCGAUCAAGUAAACGUGCAUACUUACAUCAACUUCGUGACGAGAGAAGAGACUGCAAGGAGGAAAGAGGUAAGGCAGGCUGUUAGCUCUAUUGGAAAGAGACUCUGGAUGUCGGAAUACGGACCCUUGAACUGGAAUGGCAACGAAUGGGAGGUGGCAGUGCAAGUAGCCAGGCACAUCAGUCUGGACAUAAACGAGCUCCAGCCAUCGGCGUGGUGCUACUGGCAAGCGCUCGAAGUGCCAGGAAGUUUAUGGGGUCUUAUCCAGUGCUUGUUCACGUACCAAGGAAAACAUGAUCUACAAAUCCGCAAGCAGUACCAGGUACUCAAGCACUUUUCUAGAUUCAUCAGGCCAGGCUUUGAGAUGUUGCCAACGGAGAAGUUUGCGGACAGUCUAGUGGCCGCAAGGGACGAAGCUGGGACCUCUCUAGUGCUCGUUGUCACGAACACGUCCUCGAGAAGCAAGGAUGUGAGCUACAGCACUGGUUGCGUUCCCAGGAUCGCGUCCAAGGCCUUUCAGGCCUCGGUGUUUCGAAGCUCGGCCAGUGAAGACUUCGUCCAGCUUCCAAGCUUGGCCUUCACCGUCGAGUCUCCGAAUGUGGUUGUGUGGAUACCACCAAAGUCUGUCACAACACUGGUUGUGUUCUAAUUCCUUUGUCAUGAAAUAAGCUUCAGCCCAUUUUUUCUGAUAAAAAUUCUGAAGUAGCCUUCACUUCUCUA